UGGAAUCUCCGUAGCAUUCAUGAGACAAUACAGAAACACCGCCAACGCCUGGUAAAGGGACAGAGGCAUGUUUAGGUUUGCCUUUAAGUUCAUGUGAAGAUACGAUGGAUUUAAAAUAUAUCUUUUCAAUGUAGUGCAGUUUAAAACCUCAUUCUAACUCCUAUAUAUAGAUUUUUUAAAAGCUUCCCAGAUAUUUCUUCAUCAGGAGAUUGGCUCUUUGAAUUUGCAUUUGCAAAUGAGCUUUGUAAAAUAGUUCGCAUUAAUACGGUAUUUAUUUGCGUCUUAUAAACAUUGCAUUUCAUUUUGUGCGUAUCUGACAAAAUUCUCAGUUAAACUGGCAAGGAUUUUCUUCAGAGCAUUUUUUGCGAUCAAGAGAAACCGAUACAAGUGAAACCCCAUUCAAGUGAGACAGAGUUCCGCGAGUGUCCUUUUGGCGUAACCUAGCUGAGAAGAAACGGAAGAAAAAGUCGUUUAAGAAAGUUAAAAGAAGAAACUGAAGAGUGAAACAGCUUUCUUUAGCCGAGUUGUCGAAUAAGAACUUAUGGCUUUUUGCCGUCGCUGUUGCAUGUGUUUUUGUUUGUUUCUCCUUCUGUUGGUCUACCUGUUUGUGUAUGUCGUCGUGACGAUCAGCUACCAAAUGAAUCCCACCCCCACCGAACUGCCAAUUUACUUUGUCGCCCCGGGAGUCUCUCCGUUAACGUUGCUGGCUGAACGCCCCUUCUGGAAUGUAAAACUCGACGACAGCGCCCUGUGGAACCGCCUCCAGCAUCUCCUGGACCGCGACUGCAACCCCAUCCUGAGGCAGCAGAAUAUAACAACGGGGGCAAUAAGAGCUGAGCUCCAGAAAGGUCCUGGAAGUGGCUUGCAGAGUUUGGAUCCCUUUUCGGAGGUCAAGAAAAGCUUCCCAAAAAAUAUCCAGGAGUUCCUGCAGUCCAUGCACUCCAGGGAGUACCCGCUGAUAAUAGGCCAAUCCAAGCUGUGUAGCGGAGAAGCUCCUUUGCUACUGCUAGCCAUCAAAUCACAAGAGUGCAAUAUUAGGAACAGAGAGGCAAUCCGGGAAACGUGGGGAAGUAGGGGGCUGGUGACAGGCGAGGUUGGAGAAGGCGGAGUCGUCCAUAGGCUUUUCCUCCUGGGCAGACAGGACCGCUCUCCGCAGUCUUGCCCCCUUUCCAAUGACCACCUGGCAGAGGAAAGCAUGAAGUAUGGAGACAUCCUCCAAUGGGACUUCAGGGACACAUUCUACAACUUAACACUGAAGGAUGUGCUUUUCUGGCCAUGGGUAUUACAGCACUGUCCUCAUGCCCGUUUCAUCUUCAAGGGCGAUGAUGAUGUGUUCGUGAGGACACCUGCCCUUCUUGACAUCCUACAACAGGUGGAGCAGCUGUCUAAAGCAAGAGGAAGAAACUUGGAUUUUGUCAUUGGGAACGUGAUCAGUGAUGCAUUCCCAGUCCGUGAGGUCGAUGAGAAGUACUAUGUCCCUCAGGACUUCUAUGCAGGGAAAUAUCCACCCUAUUUGGGUGGUGGGGGGGUUGUGUACUCUGGAUCUCUGGUCAUGCAACUCAAUGAGGUCUCUAAGAGGGUGCACCUCUUUCCCAUUGAUGAUGUAUUUCUGGGCAUGUGCUUCUACAAAUUAGGCAUCGUCCCCAGGAGUCACCCAGGAUUUUUGACCUUUGACUUUCCGAAGGAGGAAGCAAAAAACCCGUGUGCCUAUUUCUCCAUUUUGCUGGUACACAAACGGAGUCCCGAAGAGACAGUACUUCUGUGGAAGAUACUUCAGCGCAUACAGACGGAAUGUCUAAAACAGAUUCCCAGGAAUCAGAUAUUUCUAGAUGAAGUACAUGUUAGGUAUACAAAAAAGAUGAUGUACUGACACAUACGUCAGCAUUUACUUUGAGUAUUUCUAGGCCUUUUUUUCUAUUGGGCUGCAGCUCCACCUUUAUGCUUUCAGAUUUUUUUUCCAGCUAAGGGGAAAACCAAAUAAACCCAUUACAUCCAUCCUUCAUUGCUGCUUACCCUAUUCAAGGUCACAGUGAGUCUGGAACCUAUGGCAGAGGCUAUGGGCAUGAGGCAGGGAACGACCCAGGAUGGGGCACUAACCCAUUGCAGAGCACAGUCACACACAAACAAUUUAGCAACUCCAAUUAGCUUCAGCAUGAUUUUGGACUGUGGGGGGAAACCGGAGUGCCUAUGAUGACCCAAGGAGAACAUAGAGACUCCAUACAAAUGCAGGUGGACCCUGGUCCAAGAGGUGUGAGGUAACAGUGCUGACCACUGUUACUGUGCCACCCCAAGAAUUUCCUUACACUAUUUUAAAAACAAUCUGGGUGAAACAAAGCAUAGAGUUGCUAGGUUUAUUCACAGUUUAAUAUUCUUCUGCCUUUGGUACAACAAUUAAAGAUGAAACUAAACCAAAUUGCAUUUUUGUAUUGUAAGAUCACAUGUACCAACAUUAUCAAGUUUUGUUAAAAACUAGAAAUUCUUAGAGGAAUAGACUUCACCUUGUAUUAUAUAUUUUUAAACAUUCUACCAAAAAGUAAUUCUGUAUUGAUAGUCAUGAAAUGCCAUGUCAAUGAAUGAAUGUGUCAUACUUUGGCAAUAAAUUGUCUUUUUUUAUUCAA